AUGCCUGCCCCAACGGCAUUGAAAAAGGCCGACGAUGCCCCGCUUGAGCCCAUAGAUGCUUCGCUUCAGGCUCAAGAUAACGAUGACGAUUAUCUCCUUGGCGAGGCUGGCUCCGAGCUGGUGGAUGGAGAGAUUGCGCCGUUGACGAACGAAUUGGAGGAAGAUUCAAUGGCAAUCGAUGAAGAGGGCCGACCGCGAUUUGCUCCAUCUAGAGAUAUCGAUCCCGUCACAAGAGUAGAGACUCGAAAGAUUCCAGUGCCGCCUCAUCGCAUGACGCCCCUGAAACAAGCCUGGCCGUCGAUUUAUCCUCCCCUUGUUGAGCACCUUAAGCUACAGUGCCGAAUGAAUAUCAAACGCAAGGCGGUAGAGUUGAGAACGUCACAGCAUACAACCGAUUCUGGGGCUUUGCAAAAGGGUGAAGACUUUGUAAAGGCAUUCACUCUUGGUUUCGACGUGGACGACGCUGUUGCCUUGCUCAGAUUGGAUGAUUUGUAUAUCGAAACUUUCGAAAUCAAAGACGUCAGAACGAUGCAUGGUGACAGCCAAGCCCGUGCGAUUGGUCGCAUUGCUGGCAAGGAUGGAAAGACCAAAUUCGCAAUUGAGAACGCCAGCAGAACACGGAUUGUAUUGGCCGACUCAAAAAUUCAUAUUCUAGGUGGAUUCAAGAACAUCCAUAUGGCACGAGAGUCAGUGGUGAGCUUGAUUCUCGGCAAACCUCCCGGCAAGGUGUAUGGAAACCUGAGAACCGUGGCUGCAAGGAUGAAGGAAAGGUUUUGA